UUUCUCGUUUUGCCUCGACACUGCGCAGGCGCAGACCGGCGGAUGAAGAUGGUGCUCAUCAAGGAAUAUCGUGUGGUGUUGCCCAUUUCUGUUGAAGAGUAUCAAGUGGGCCAGCUGUACUCCGUUGCCGAGGCCAGCAAGAAUGAGACGGGCGGCGGCGAGGGCAUCGAGGUGCUGAAGAACGAACCCUAUGAGGAGGACGGCGAAAAGGGACAGUUCACACACAAAAUUUACCACCUAAAGAGUAAAGUCCCAGCAUAUGUGAGGAUGCUCGCGCCAGAGUCAGCGUUUGUUUUUCAUGAAAAAGCCUGGAAUGCAUACCCCUACUGUCGCACCGGUAAGUCGCCGGACACAUUACAGUGUAUUGAUUGAUGGACAUUGUGUUACAUGUACAUGGAAUAACAUCGGGAGUUGGUUGGAUAGAUGAAUAUGUCAUUCGCUCAUAUUUUUAUGUACAAUUAAUUGAAUUAACAAUUGUUUGAUGG